AUGCAAGCCGCCCGCUUCCACGCCGCAAACGACAUCCGCGUCGAAUCCAUUCCCAAACCACCACCUUCCUCCAACCAAGUCCUCAUCGAGAUCGAUUGGUGCGGAAUCUGCGGCACCGACCUCCACGAAUACAUCGCCGGACCCAUCGCCAUUCGUCCUCAUUCCCACCCUCAUCCUCUGACCAACACGACCUACCCUGUAACUCUCGGCCAUGAAUUCUGCGGCCGCGUUGUUGAGACUUCCCCUUCUUCUUCCCUUCAAGUUGGACAAAGAGUGAUGAUCGAUCCUCGUAUCAAUUGCAAAGAUGCCUGUCAUUCUUGUAAUCACGGGAUUGACAAUCUGUGUUCAUCCUGGGGUUUCCUUGGCCUGCAUUCCCCGACUGGAGGAGGGUUCUCGCAGUACGCAGCUGUGGACGCGAGGAUGUGUUAUACUCUUCCUGACUCCGUGAGAAUGGAUGAAGCGGCAUUGAUCGAACCUCUAGCCGUUGCUCGCCACGCUUUAGCUGUUUCUGAGAUCCCUCGCGGAGACUGGCCGGCAAAAAGCGUUCUAGUGCUCGGCGGUGGACCGAUUGGACUUGCUGUACUGUGGGACCUGCGCGCGGUUGGCGCCAAAAUGCUGUUCGUAUCCGAGCCAACGGAGGUGAGAAGCCGGCAUACGAAAGAUUUGGCCUCACACGUCUUCAACCCGAGGGAAGUGGAUGUCGCGGAAGAGUGCAGGACCUCAACGGACGGGUUGGGUGUGGACGUCGUUUUUGACUGCGCAGGAAUUCAAGCGGCCUUGAAAGUGGGCAUGGAUGCGUUGAAGAUCAGGGGCGUGUAUGUCAAUGUUGCGGGCUGGGAGAAGGAGUUUUCCGUGCCUUUCGGCCCAGCCAUGACCAAGGAACUCACCGUCAAGUUCACGCUGGCGUAUGACUACAAGGACUUUCAAGAUGUUGUGGACGACUUUGUCGCAGGCAAAUUCGAAGGCGUCGAAAAGAUGAUCACCAGCCGCAUUGCACUGCAAGACGUCGUUACGAAAGGCUUCGACGAGCUGAUCAACAACAAGGACGAGCACGUCAAAAUCCUCGUCACGCCGAGGGAAGAUUUCUUAGCAGCACAGACUUGA